AUGGUGUUCAAGACUCUGGCCUCGUUGUCCAAACAGGCAAAUAAGACGGCCGGGUAUGGGAUCUAUCACCAUCCAUUCUUUGAGCCAUCUUACACCAAGACACAAAAUAUUUGUGGGUUUGAUAAUGUCAUCCAUAAUGACAACAAGACUUCGCAAAACAAGACGAAGUACGUUGCCGCCGUGAGCACCACUGCCAAUAACUUAAUCAUUAUUGACCAGAAAAACGGUGAUCCCAAUGACACCAAGUCCCGUAAACUUUUGAUCAAGAAGUCUACGCACAAAGUUAGCAAGAAUGGCCACGUUUCCAUAUCAGUGACUCAGAUCGAUAAAGCCUUCAGUAAACUCUCGAUCAGGAAGUCCAACUCUGCUUUGAUACGGACUUUUACGAUCAGUAAUAACAGUUUGAAGCACUUGGAGUCAUGUAAACGAUUCUACAGCACUGACAGAGCUGCUCGUCUUUUGGAUGAGCUGAACAUGAACGAGGAGACCAACAAAUUAGAGCAAGGCAAGAAGUCUGCUCAAAUUGAAGAGUUGGAGGAAACGGCUGAACCCCAGCAGGAGGAACAAAGUUCAACGAGCGGCAUGGAAGAUGAGAUAAGAAUGAUCCAUUCUUUUGUAAGUCAAAAAAGGUACAAUGAAGUUUUUGCCCUUUAUUUAAGAGCUAAAGCCAAGGAAAUUAAAUUGGAUCGAAGUGUUUAUACCAUGGUUUUAAGAGCGAUUACCAAGAGAGAGACAAAUGAGACAGUGGAGGAAAAAUUGACGCAUUUGUUAAACGUUUACUCAGACUUGCUUACCAGCAACAUCAAACCAAAUAAGGACAUUUAUGAACUGGUUAUUGGAUCCUUGUUGGCGGGUGCCACUAAACAAACAUAUGAGUUUACAACUGGGCAAGAUUUCCUAAAAAUUGCCAUAGAACUGUUGAUAAUUACAAAGGAUUACAACGCAAGCUUUGCACCACAGUUAUAUAGAGAUCUGUUAACGAGCUUGAACAUGUACAAGUUCAAUUUUGGUAUCACAAACAAUGACCUCCAAAACAUGUGUGGCUCCAUCAUAAAUGAGCCCAUCUACUACAUGGGCCUGAUCAAGCUAUGCCAACUUUCUCAAGAUUCAAAGGGCGCAAUAGAGUUGUAUCACACUUAUCAAUCUCAAUGCAAUGAAAACAAGUCACUGGUAAACCAUCAAUUUGAGGUUUACUCCGUCUUACUUCAAACUUUAAUCGGCUGCCAUGAAAAGGACAUGGCUACAAAAUUCUUGAACAAUAUCAUCGAAGAAGUCAGAGUCAAAUCAGGAAUGUCUUAUCAAAUAAAGAUGCUCCUUUCAUCCUACUUGAUUGGAUUGGCCAAUAUUAAUCAGAUAAAGGAAUGCGAGACAAUGUUGGCAACCAUAAAUCAAAUUUCUUGGCUGCCCGAUGUUUCGGUAAAGAGCCUCCUAUUUGCGGUCAAGAAGUGUUUGGACAACAAUCAACCUGAAUUGGCCUGGAAAUUUUGGAACUUUGCCGUGACCCGAAGCGAUUUCGAUUCAGACCAAGCUUUGAAGUCUGAACAGCUAUUGGAUGAGUACGUGGGUACUGAUGUCUACAACAUGUUAGUGGUAAGCCUGAUAAGCUCGAGGGACACCAACCACAUUGUCAAGUUUUGCAAGGAAAUGAUAAUCAAAUCGUCAAUCCGACUCGAAGUGCAACCUCUGCUGAGCUUAAUAAAAUACCUUAGAGCAUACCAUCUGGACACAGUACUGCUGAAUGUGGUAGUAAACCAAGGAAAUAAGUCUGCAAACCUCAAUCAGUAUCUUUCAAUUGUCAUUGAUAGUUUGCCGGUUCCAAUGGUAAGCCAACUAAUGAAUACCAAUUUCUUCAAGAAAUGUUGUGAAGAUUACAGAUUGGUGAAGGAUAACAUUUACGGCAUAAUGAAGGCAUUUAAGUUGAUGGAAGACAAUAAUUGGCAGCAACAGCAAACACAAGAUACGACUAUAAUGAAGAAGUUUAGAUACUACAAGAAGGUUAUUUCCUACGAGUUGAAUGAAAUCUCCAAUCACUAUGUGGAGAUUCCAGAAGAACUGGAACAGUUCAAGCAAUAUUUAGCUGUUGGAUCCAACUAG